GUUCUGUUGACUGGCCAUCCUCCCCUCAAAUUGAAUGUCUCUUUGCACUGCCCACCUUUGCUCACCUUUUCACUCCUCUCUCCCUCCGUUUCUCGCUCAACACAAACACACACACACACGCUCCCUCUUUGCAUUUCACAGUUGGUCUCAGCUUCUCUCGGAGGAUUUUCUGCUUCUUCUUGUUCUGCUGAAGAACUGGAGGAGAGGAGUUGGCCAGGAUGCGUUGUGUGAGCUGGUUGUUGUUGGGGACCUGCCUCCUGGUCCUGGGCCCCGCCGUGCAGGGAGCCCCGAGCCAGUGCCCGAGCCUCUGCCACUGCCACGGUGACCUUCAGCACGUCAUCUGUGACAGCGCCGGGCUGAAGAAGAUUCCUCAGGUGUCGGACGCCACCCGUUUGCUGAACCUGCAGAGGAACAGCCUGGGCAACAUUCCCACAGGGGCCUUCAGCGACAGCAAGGGGCUCAUCUCUCUGCACAUGCAGCACUGUCAGCUCCGAGAGAUCGGGUCUCAGGCCUUCAAGGGGCUGAAGAAGCUCGUCUACCUCUACCUGUCCAACAACGAGAUCAACAGCAUCAAGCCCGGCGCCUUCGAGGACCUCACGGAGCUCACCUACCUCUACCUAGAUGGGAACCAGAUCAGCGACCUGGCCAAGGGCAUCUUCUCCCCCAUGAUCAACCUCUUUAUUCUGCAGCUCAACGACAACAAGCUGCGCGAGCUGCGGCCGGGGACCUUUACCGGUGCCAAAGACUUGCGCUGGCUGCACAUGAGCGGUAACGAGCUGACCACCCUGCAGCCGGGCUCUCUGGACGACGUGGAGAACCUUGCCAUACUUCACCUGGACAGGAACAAGAUGUCCACCUAUCCCAGUGCAGCAAUGAGCAAACUGCGUGUGGUGGAGGAACUCACGCUGGGGAGGAAUCCCAUGAGGACCAUCCCAGACAACGCCUUCCAGAGCUUUGGGCGCUACAUGGAGAAACUGCACCUGGACAACAUGAGUCUGGAGAAGUUCUCUGAUGGUGCGUUCACCGGAGUGACGGCCAUCAAGUCGCUGCACCUGGACAACAACAAACUGAAGUCUCUUCCCAAAAGCCUGGAGUUCAGCACCAUCACCAACCUCACCCUCUCCACUAACCCCUGGAGCUGCACGUGUCAGCUGGCUCCGCUGCGCAGGUGGAUGGACUCGAGCCGCAGUCGUCCAGACGCACUGUGUGCUUCCCCCCCUGCACAGAGAGGCAAGCAGGUCAGAGACAGCGCCGCCUUCGGUGGCUGCAGACUCAAGGCCAAGAGGGCCAAGAAGGGCACACGUCACUGAACACGCAGCUGAGCAGGAGACGCUGUGAGCAGGAGCCUGUCCAGGUGACCGGCUACAACCAGAGCUACGCUAACUCUACUUCCAGACUGUCCGUCUAUUCAUCUGUCAGAUGCCGUCACAAGUGUAAACACAAACAAACACAUUCAUAGAUACACAUCCGCUCUGUCACACACACACACACACACACACACACGAAGACCCAGAGACAUAUUAUGAAUUAAUUUUCACUGACUUAUAUCACUGUUGAAAAUGUAAGUAUGAAGUGGACAACAUGCAGGAACCAUCAAAAUAAAGGUCAAGAAUAAACAAGAGCCUCAAGGACGACUGUGGAUUUGU